CAGCUCGCUUUCUCGGUUGUAGUGUGUUGCAGCUAAGUCAUGGCCGCCGCCCGCAGGUUUCGCUCUGAUUCCCGCUGUGUUCUGCGUUACUCCGACCGAGAACUGUGCUGAACCCCAAGGAACCCAGAGCCGCCAGCAUGGCGGAACAUGAUAAGGAUUCUUACCCUGACGUCCUGAAGUCAGAUGAUAAUGGAAAACCUGGAGAAACAAAUCUUCAGGAAGAGCUGCAGAUGUUCCGAGCUCAGUGGAUGUCUGAACUCGCUCCAGGAAUGAGCAGUGGAGGAGCAGAGAAUCGGGUACACAAAGCGCUGACAAGAGGGCUUGUGGGAAAGACCACAGACCUCAAAGCAAAGCAAGACUUGGCUAAAGAGGAGAAGGCAAGAGAACUGUUUCUUAAAGCAACAGAACAAGAACAGAAUGGUGCUCUCUAUGAAGCGAUCAAGUUCUACCGUCGGGCAAUUCAGCUUGUACCAGACAUUGAAUUUAAAAUUAAUUACAACUGGUCUCCCGAUGGUGAAGGAGUAGUCAAAAGCUUCAGCAUGGACGAUGCUAAUGAUGACAGCAAGAUGGCCGACCUGUUAUCUUACUUUCAGCAGCAGUUAACUUUUCAAGAUCACUCACUUAAACUGUGUCAGCCAGAGUAUGAGCCCAGCCAGACUCAUAUUUCUGCUCUUCCAAUGGAAGUCCUAAUGUAUAUUUUUCGCUGGGUGGUUUCCAGUGACCUUGACCUCAGAGCAUUAGAGCAACUGGCCUUGGUCUGCAAAGGCUUUUAUUUAUGCGCAAGGGAUCCUGAGAUCUGGCGCUUGGCUUGUUUGAAGGUGUGGGGCAGAAGCUGUGUAAAGCUGGUCCCAUAUACCUCCUGGAGACAGAUGUUUCUAGAAAGGCCAAGAGUGCGCUUUGAUGGUGUGUAUAUCAGCAAAACCACAUAUAUACGCCAAGGAGAGCAGUCCUUAGAUGGAUUUUACCGGGCCUGGCACCAAGUGGAAUAUUACAGAUAUAUGCGAUUCUUUCCUGAUGGGCAUAUUAUGAUGCUAACCACUCCUGACGAGCCCCAAACCGUUGUUCCUCGUUUACGUACAAAAAUGAUAAGAGGUGAUUCAAUGCUGCUUGGACAUUACCGUCUGUCUCAGGAUACAGACAACUUAACCAAAGUUUUUGCAGUCAUGACCAAUAAGAAGGAAGAGAAACCAGUUGAAUACCAAAGGUAUCGUUAUAUUCGCCGCCCCCCAGUGCAAGAAACUGAUCGCAGCUUCCAAGUGGGACUGCAGCUGUGCUCAAGUGGGCGCUAUAGAUUCAACAAACUGGUUUGGAUUCAUCAUUCUUGUCAUAUUACUUACAGAUCAACAGGAGAAACUGCUGUCACCACAUUUGACAUUGACAAGAUGUACACACCAUUGUUUUUUGCUCGUGUGAAGAGUUUCACUGCUGUUUCAGAAAGGCCUCUUUAGGGUCAUUAUGCACUAGUUUAUGCAUGGAUAAAACUGGUAAACUAUAAACAUAUGAGCAUUGAGUAUCUAUUUACCUAAGGUUUGUGCUAUAAAUAGGUGCUUUUGCUGGACUGAUGAUACCACAUUUUGUUUCCAUAAUUGGUAAAAGCAUAUCCUCUCUUAAAUAUAAGUUAUUUGGGUUUUAUGUUUCUUUUUAAAAAAAAAAAUUUCUAGUAUUAAUAGUAGGCUUUUCUUAUGUUUAGCAAUUUUAAAUUGUGUUCGCUAAAUAUAUAAAAAUAGAAGCUACACAGUCAUUCUCCUUUUUUAUUAGCCACAGAAGUGUACAUUUGUAGACACAUUUCUUGUAGCCCAGGCUCCUUUGUUUUUGCAAUUCCAUUUGACUCCUAAGACAUGUCAGCAAUUUUUUUUUUUUUUUAUUUAAAAGUCUAUUCUUUAUACCUGUCUAGUGCUAUUAAUAGCGGUACUUCCUUUGGCAUCAAGAUUACAGCAAAAUGAUUACUCCUUUUAACUUGUAUUAAGAUGGUACACAUCCAAGCUGAAAUUUCAGAAUGAGUAUUGAAGUCAGAAAACUCUUUGCAUAGUGGAACAACGCCUACAAAAAAUUCUGAAUUGUAGAAAUAUGUAUGUACUAUUGGGUAACUACUGCAGUAGGUAAAAACAUUUCCCAAAAGUCUUGAAGGGGCUAGAACACGCACCACUUCAUAUACCACUCCUCUUUCUGUCUGAGCUAGUUUAAUUUCUACCUUCUGCUCCAAAAGAAUAGCAUAGUCCCUACUGCAGGGGUCCAGCCACCCUUUGACUUAUUUCGGUGACCUUGUAUAGGUACCAGCAUUCAGGUACUAAUAUACAUUUGAGUGGAUUAUUUAUGAGGUUUCACACUGGGUAAAUAGACUGUGGUUGACUGUAAUAGGACUUUCCUGCCAAUAACCCUCACUCAUUAAGUAUGAUCCUGCAAGAGCAGGUAGGAUAGUGCCUGGGGGAUCCCAAACAUGCUGGUUAUCAGUUUUGGUUCCUGUCAGCUGUACAUGGCCAUAUGUUCCACUUAUUCUCUGGAAUACAACUUAAUUAUAUUGUUAAUUUAUUUGAUGCAAGGAAAAUGGGCUUAUAUGCUUUCAAUAUUUCUCUGCUGUAUUCCCCUUCUGCAUGAAGGAGUUUGUGGGUGGAGCUUAUAAUGCUUUCAAAAUAUAUCAUUUUGGCAUACUAUUUGGUAUUUAGAAACCUUUUAUGAUUUCAUAUUCGUCACAGCAGUUUCUGCCUUUGUAUAUGUCUCAAGAAGCAGAUGGUUCUGGUAUGCUGGCUAUAUUUGUGUAUUUUCUGAGAUGUCAGAAGAUUUAUUCAGAAAGGAUGGCAAGUAUUGCACAAAAUCAGGAAUCCUUGUCUCUAGAGAUCUCAUUCCUCUAUGAGAUGUAAUUUCUAUUGUGCAAAAAUUUCUUUUGCACAAUGUUUUUGUAAAGUUUUAAACUUAUUUGAGUAUUCUACUAGUGGCUUUGUCCACAUCUGCUCGUAUUUCUUUUGUAUUCCUCUUAUAAUUUUCCCUCAGGUUUUCAGAAUUAUCGCUUUAUGUCUGCUUAAAGUGAUCUUUUUCCUUGGAAUCUUAUGGUUCUCUCUGUAAGUCUGAAUUAAGCAAAGACAUCUUCAGCCCAAGCUCUCAAAUGUUCUUGGUAGCAAGUAAGGAAAUCAAGUCUUCUUUUCUCUUUUGUCCCUUAUUCUAGUGUCAGAAAAAUUGGAAGUAAAGUGGUCCGUUUCUUUAGCCAGUUGUAUUUCCUUUGUGAUCAUAGCAACUUAUGGAAAAUCAGGUUCUUUUUAAACUCCGGGCUUUGAAAAGAAUGAGCUUGGUCAUGAAGCAUCAGUGGCAGAGUUAUACAAGGUAGAAACGUUGACUUCAUUGCCAGUUUAGUAUAUCUGGAUUUGUUAAAUAGGUCUUUUAAACAAUGUAUCAUCAGACCUAGGCUUUCUCUCCCAUCCUUGUCAUCAUGCGGUCUGAUUUUGGUACUUUUCCCACCAAAACAGGUAUAGGAGUGACCGCAAAUUAGAUUUUAUAAAAUGUCUUAAUACUAAAAGUUAAAUCAUAUAAAAGUCAGCACUACUUCUGCCUGUGCUUUUCAUAUUCAUUUUAAGAUCUCUUUCUCAAUGUAGGUUAUUGCUUGCAUUAGUUGAUUCAAGCAUUAAGGGGAUGGGUAUAUAUAGUAGUGGAGUGUUAACAUCCCCUUAGACUUUUCCAGUAACUCCAGUGGAUGGAGUGCACGUAUUUACUAGUAUUUAUCAACUAUAAUUGGGAAGAAACUGGUAAGUAUAAAUAUGUAAUAUACCGUAAUUAGAUAUGUGUAUUCGUGCACAUCGUUCUGUAACGGUUCCACAACAAGGGGGCCACAAGCCACAUUCGGCUCUUUUCAGAGCUGCGUUUAUACUUGUGAAAGGGCAACACGCUGAGAUCUGGAUUUGCAGAUCUUCCUGAUUUGUUACGGAACAAUGUGCAGGAAUGCACAUAUCCAGCAAAAAAAUAAAUAAAUAUAUAUAUAUAUAUAUAUAUAUAUAUAUAUAUAUAUAUAUAUAUAUAUAUAUAUAUAUAUAUAUAUAAUAUUAGUGGAAAAGAUACACAUCAUGUAAAGUAAAUACUAUUUUAACAUCUUUACCCAUAUGCUUAAUCUAUUCAUUUUACUGUUGAAGAAAAUGUAAUAAAAAUUCAGGUCCAUUGUGAAAUGAUUUUCUGCAAGUACCAACAUUUAAUUAUAUUCAAUUGGGUGCAGGUCAUCUGGUAAUUUGACUAGAAAGGCUAUUAUAACUAUUGUUAUUAUUUGCCAGUUUUUUUGCCCUGAUUUAUAAAUCGUAUACAUUUAUAUUUGCAAUGAUCAAAUUGGAUAUUUUCUUUUCUUAAAUGUAUUAAACAUGGCUUCAUUGUUUAUUGAUGUGCUUGAAUUUGAAUAAGAUGGUAGCAGGGAGUUUUGUAUUUUUCUUCCUUUUAAAAAAAAAAAAAAUGAACACUUUUUUAAUGCUUAAUGGGAAUUAAUUAUAUGCUUUCAUGCAUUUCUCAUAAGGUUCUUCCUUAUUUUAUCAUUUUACAAGAGAAGGAUUUCCUGUUUUCUAAAUACUGAUUUCUUGUGCAUAUUUGGACAUUUCAUUUGUGAAGUUAAGGAUCUUUAGCUAAAAUAGUUACAAGCUUAACAUAUAAUUUCCAUCAAAGAAGCUGGAUGAUUGAGGUGUCCAUUUCAAAUCUGAGUAUAUAUGGCCUUCUGUCAUCCGUUACAGUGUUUGUCUAUUCUUUUAUAUAGCGUUUUUAAAUAGAAAAAAUAUAUAUAUAUAUAUGGAUAUAUAUGUGUAUGUAUGUGUGUAUAUGUACACUCCUCACAUUUUUGUAAAUAUUUUAUUAUAUCUUUUAAUGUGACAACACUGAAGAAAUAACACUUUGCCACAAUGUAAAGUAGUGAGUGUACAGCCUGUAUAACAGUGUAAAUUUGCUGUCCCCUUAAAAUAACUCAAAACACAGUCUAAACUGUUGGCAGCAAAAGUGAGUACACCCCUAAGUGGAAAUGUCCAAAUUGGGCCCAAAGUGUCAAUAUUUUGUGUGGCCACCAUUAUUUUCCAGCACUGCCCUAACCCUCUUGGGCAUGGAGUUCAUAAAUACAUGCAUACAUACACACACACACACACACACACACACACACACACAUAUAUGUAUAUGUGUGUGUGUGUUUAAUUAUAUUAAGUUGUAUUUAAUGUAUGUAUAUUGGGUGGAGGGUUAUCUCAUUCUGUUGAAAAUGUAAAGUUCCAUCACAUGCCGUCCUUAAUCGUUUUUAAAUAACACCUUAAAGCUUUAUCAUUUAUUUAAAGGAAAUCAGACACUUAACUUUAUAGUUUAUUCAUUGACCUCGUGUAUUUGUGAAGAAAAAAUGAUUAUUACACUAUAACUAAAGGUAGAAAACCAUUAUGAAAUAUUAUUUCCAGUUUUUAUUAUAAAGCACAUUUGUGGUUUUUUUUGUUAGUUUUUAAAUGAUUGAUCACUUAAAUUUAAAUUUUUGUCAGUAUGUGUUAAAACAAGCAAAUCCUAAAAGGCACAGUCUCUACUUUUUUUCUUUUUUUAUGAUUAACUAAAAUUUGAAUUUGUCAAAAUGUCACAAAAUGCAUAAAUUCUAUUUUAUUUUCAUUGUUUUGAUUUUUUUAAAAUCUAAAGUCGUGUAAAAAGCAGCUUUUAAAUAAAUCUGGUAUGUAUUCAUGCUAAAAUUGCACUUCAUGUGUCUGAUCAACAAUAAACAUCCUAAAAUUUG